AUGGCCUCAAAUCUGCCCUCUAACACUAUUGGGAAGGCGACAGAGUCUCUGAGAGCGUUCAUGUCCCAAGCUGACCAGAACGACACAACUGUUGACAGAGAGGAAGCUCGCACGGUUGAGCAUGAGACGGUGAAGCCCUCUCAACAUGAGGAGAUUACCACGGCAGUCGACAAGGAGGUUCACCAAGAUCACUACCAUCGCACCGUACAGCCAAUCAAGGAGAGAGAAGUUCUUCCGGACAAGCACUCUUUCAAGCAGAACCAGACGAAGCACAAGGAAUUUGACAACAGGGAUGAUACGGCUGCUAGGAAACAUCAACAAGAAAGCGGCAAAUUCCAUGACGAGCGAGAAGUCGAGGCUACCAAGUACACAAAGGAGCAAGCCCAGACGAAGCAGGGCGAGCACAUCCACCACCACAUUCAUGAGACUGUCCAACCGGUCAUCAAUAAGGAGACCUUCCAGCGUGAGGUGGUGCACACCAUUAAUCCUGUACAUGAAACCCAUCACCUGGCUGCCCGAGAUCAUGGCACCACAACUGCACCUGAGAUUGAUGCGUCACAAUACAAGACCAAGGCAGGUACCCAGCGCGGUGGUGCCACCCAUACCAGGGGGUAUAUGAAAGGUCAGCCUCAAGAUAUGGGAGGCGUUGAAAAUACGGUCAAAGAGACUGGCUUGAAGGGUAAGCCAGGGAAUAUGGAUUUCGAUCCUGAAGAUGAAGGUGUGGCCGGGCACCAGGAGCCGAGUAUCCUUAGUGGAUUAAAUCCAUUCAGCAAGUGA